GCGUGCGUGUGUGUGUGUGUGUGUGUGUGUGUGUGUGAGAGAGAGAGAGAGAGAGAGAGAGAGAGAGAGAGCAGCAUUAGGUCUAGCUGGCUCACUCUCUUUGUUUCAGUGCGCAGUAUCUCUCUCGGCUCUCCAUCCUCACAGUGCUGCUCUGCUCUGGAUGACUGCAGAAGCAGCGCCAUGGCCGUAAAUCUCAGCAAGAACAGACUGGCCGUUCUCACCGCGUACCAGGACGUAAUCGACGAGUCCUCACCCACUGACUGGGCCUUGUACACAUACGAAGAUGAUAGCAAUGAUCUGACGCUGGCAUCAUCAGGAGAUGGCGGCUUGGCAGAAAUCAUGGUGACCUUCGAUAACGGCCGCAUCAUGUACGGCUUCUGCAGCCUGAAGGACCCGUCGGCCGCCCUGCCUCGCUACAUCCUCAUCAACUGGGUUGGCGAGGAUGUCCCUGAUGCCAGGAAAUGUGCCUGUGCCAGCCAUGUAGCCACCAUCGCGGAGUUUUUCCAGGUGGGUCUUGAUAAGGGAGUUGACAUCAUCAUCAAUGCCAGCAGCAUGGAGGACAUCGACCCCACAGCCAUCGGGCAGAGAUUGACCAAUGGGACGGGGCCGAGUGCUAGCCCAGUGCUCAGCCGUCUGCGAAUGAAAGAUGAGGAGAAUGCGGAGCACGUUGGCACCACCUAUCAGAAAACAAAUGCAGAAAUCGAAAUGAAAAGGAUCAACCGGGAAGAGUUCUGGGAACAAGCCAAGCGAGAAGAAGAGCUGAGGAAGGAGGACGAAAGAAAGAAAGCAGCCGAAGAGCGGCAGCGCUUCGAAGAGGAGCGGAUGGAGCUGGAGAGGAAGGAGCAGGAGGAGAGAGAGAAGAGAUACCGUGAGAGAGAGAGGCAGAUCGAGGAACACAGGAAGAAAAUGCAAGAGGAAGAGGAGGCGAAAGAGAGAUCACGACCUCAGUCCUUGACUGUAAGAACAGAGCCCAGUAGUGAUGACCUCUCUCUAGACAAAAAGGAGUCUGAGGUCGAGGAGGCAGCAGCGAUAAUCGCUCAGCGCACAAGCAACCCGCGUGAGUUCUUCAAGCAGAAAGAAAAAGCUGUAUCCAGCAGCUUGGAUACGUCCCCCAUCAUGUCACACAGGACCGGCCGCUUGGACAGUCCGUUCUUGAGGCAGCAGCACAGUGUGAGUGUGUCCUGUACGUCCUCCUCUCGCACCCUGGGGCCAUUUGAUGACUCCGCUGAAGGCGUCCAAGCCGCUUCCCCGACACCCAUCCCUAAAAUCGCCAUUCAGGAAGACAAGGACGACAACAGCGAGAAGGAAUGGGCUCCUGAGUCUCCUGAGCGAGUUCCGGUGCAGGAGUCCGAGCCUGUGCAGACCGAAGUUCCUCAGGAACAUCCCACAGAGUUGAAAUCCACCAGUGCUGAGGACACUCUGUUGGAUAUGUGGGAGAGCAGCCCGGCGCCGACAGCCACACCCUGUCAGGCCCCACACAUCAUGGACCUGAUGGGCGAUGCUGACUCGUCCCCCAGCCUUCCUCAGCCCCUGCUCAGCUUCGACGACGUGCCUGAUGCCCCGCUGUGCCCCUCAGCCGAGGACGCCCCCUCGAGCCUGGUGGACGUGACCGAGUCACACCACAUGACUCUGAGCUACCAGCAGGCCUCUGACAGCCAGGAGAUGGAGGAGAGCCAGGAGAUGCUGACCAACGGAGACUCGCUGCUCAAAGAAGGGACUCAGGCGAGUGAAGGCUAUUUCAGCCAGUCACAGGAGGAGGAUUUCGCUCAGGCAGACGAAUGCUCUGCGAAAGUCAACCCCACGCCAGUAUUUUACAACAAACCACCAGAGAUUGACAUCACAUGCUGGGACACGGACCCUGUGGUGGAUGACGACGACUAGCCAUACGACUCCCAGGAAAAGAAAACAACCUUUUACAAAGCUGAUUACAAGCUUAUUACGAUACAAAUCUGUAUGAUAUUUUAGCAAAAAAAAAAAAAAAAAGGAACAAAAAAGUUUAGCCACAGAAAGGAUCCGGGUUAUUGUUAAAGAUGCCAGCAGGUUUCAGGUCUCUCGGUUAGUCUGUGUGUGUGUGUGUGUGUGUGUGUGUGUGUGUGUGUGUGUGUGUGUGUGUGUGUGUGUGUGUGUACACAAGUCAUUAUUUAUUUCAGUUCUCUUUUUUGCUAUGCAGAGUAUAGCACGGUGUGUUUAGCACUCACCUGUGUUGUAUCGACUCGCUGUGCCUGACAGGUGUGACCAGUAGCAGAUAGAGCGUCCUGUUUUAGUGAUGUCCCAGAACCUCGAUGGAACGGACGGGAAAAAGCUUCGUAGCUCCAGCCACGGAAGUACCGAACUUCCCGUAGUUAGACGCUCAGGCUAGUCGUUAACACCUUUCCGUCAUCCCUGUCAUUCUCGCCGAUCCUUUAAAAGCGAUAUCGAGGAUUUUAGUCCUAUUAGAACGAGGACGAUUUGUCCCGGUGCGUUCACAUUAUCGGUUUGAAACCUGCAUGAUAAACGUUUUUAGUUUCGUAGACGCUUUUUUCCCCCCUGAACAGGUGACGGUUACUCAACCCUGCUUAAUUUGCUUCAUUUCUGGUGCCAAGGGUUUUCAGUGAUUUGAUGUUUUCACGCUGUCGUGUCGGUGUUUUCCGGUUUAGAAUCAGGUGCCAUAGGUAUAUUUUUGACUACCUAUAAAAGUCAUCGGCUGUUUAAUUUUUCACAAUAGAAUUAGAAUUGAUUCGAAUGGAGCUUAGGCAAUAACUAUUUUUUAUGCACGUUUAGCUCUGUGUGUGUGUGUGUGUGUGUGUGUGUGUGUGUGUGUGUGUGUGUGUGUGUGUGUGUGGUUUUAAUGAGAGACUAACAUUUCCUGUGGAUAUUGGAAUUUGUAUAUGGUUUUAUUAACCCCACAGCUCUAAUCUCUGCGUGAUUCGACCACUAAGUAUUAAGAACACUGCGUCCGAUCAGUCUGAUAUCCCGGAUCCUUCUCCAUCAUAUCCAGCUCUGCGACUUCCUGAUAGACGAUUCGGUUUAAAAUUAGUGCGCGUCUGUAGCUUCGGUCUUCCGUAGUUUCGUAUUUCCUACCUGUUUUUUUUGUUGUUUUUUUUUAAGAGUAUGCUGUUUUCGGUACCACCUUCUGCCUCGUCGUUUUAGUUCGUCGUUUUUUUUUUAUUGUUAUUAGUAUUAUUACGAUUAUUAUUAAAAGAGGUGAAAUAAGCAAUAAUACUAAACUGAUAUAGUAUUGUUUUGUAAAUAAAUCCGACACAGGACGAAACGUGUCGUCGGAACGAAUCGAGCGGCGUAGAAGUGGAAGUGCUUUCUCGACACGUUUUUUUUUUUUCCUCAGAUUAUCACAUGACUGGUUUGCGACGGGAGCCGAACCGCAUCUUUAACUAUAACCGAGGCCCUUUUGACGUGAUUUCAGUGUACUCUUUACCCUCCGAGCUCCUAUGUAGUGAUUCUUAUGCUCUUUCUUUUUUCUCACACACUACUAUUGGAUUAUUACAAUACUACCAAUACUAUUGCUACUAUUACUACUAAUAUACUACUCCAGUUUGCCCUUUGUCCCUGAAGCAAGGCUUAGCAGCUCCUAAAGUCUCUUUCUUUCUUUCUUUCUUUCUUUCUUUCUUUCUUUCUUUCUUUCUUAUUGUUUUCUAUCUUUCUCUUUUGUUUUUUUCCUUCUCCGUCUGCUUUUCCUGUCACAUGCUGUUUUUGAAACAAGCACAAGAUCUUUUGUGACAUGCUACGUGCUUCUGUAUGUUAAUAAAAGAUUUCAAAAACAA